UAGUUCAACUCAAUGAUUAGCGCUGCAAGCAUACGAAUUUAUCAUAUUCGAUAGAAAGUGUGGUGUCAUUCGUGGCCGAUUGUAGUUGAUCCUAAUUUCUUUUAAAAGUUUAAUUUUUGUUUCUUACAAAACAUGGCUCUUUAUACUCAGAGCAAAAUAUCACGAGGUUUACCUGAUUAUGAAAGAGAAGGAAUUAAGCAAAUGAAUUUCAGCCCUUAUGCUGAUAAUGGAGGGAGUGUGGUUGCUCUUGCUGGUGAUGAUUUUUGCAUAAUUGCUGCAGAUAAUCGACUUAGUACAGGGUAUUCUAUUUGUACUCGAGAACAAGAAAAAUUGUUUCCUCUGUCAGAUACUACUGUUUUAGGUUGCUCUGGUUGUUGGUGUGAUACAUUAAGUUUGACCAGAUUAUUAUCUGCUCGCAUGCAGAUGUACGAGCAUGAACAUCAAAAAAAGAUGUCAACACCAGCUGUAGCACAAAUGCUUUCAGCUAUGCUAUAUUAUAAAAGAUUUUUUCCCUAUUAUGUCAGUAAUGUACUUGCUGGAUUAGAUGAGAAUGGGAAAGGAUGUGUCUAUAGUUAUGAUCCGAUAGGACACUGUGAAAGAUCUACAUACAGAGCUGGUGGAUCCGCUGGUGCACUUUUACAACCUCUUCUUGAUAAUCAGAUUGGAUAUAAAAAUCAAGAAGACAUUAAAGUUGAAUUACUUACACAAGAAAAGGCUUUGUUAGUACUGAAAGAUGUUUUCAUAUCUGCCGCAGAAAGAGAUAUUUAUACUGGUGAUGGGAUAAGCAUAAAAAUUAUUACUAAAGAUGGUGUAAAAAGUAGCAGCUUCCCAUUGAGAAAGGAUUAAAAUAUUGAAUAUAAUAUAUGAAUUAUUAUGGUGAUAUACAAAUAAAGUCUUUGCUUUCAUAUA